AGUGAAGUUUGAAAUAUGUGCCACUGUUUUUUUUGUUUGUUUGUUUUUUUUUGUAGGGUGCAUGGGUCUUAUGAGCAGUUAUGGGCAGGGCAAGUGGCAGAUGCUUUAGUUGACUUGACUGGAGGUCUAGCUGAGAGGUGGACCCUAAAAGACCCUGGAAGAAGCAUGGAAAAAGAGAGGACUGGUAGAGUUUUGGAGAAGAUGGUAUUUAGGAGACUGAUGAACCUGAAGGAACGAUGUGUGAUAAGUUGCUCAGUCCUCAGCUCCAGGCAAGGUGCCAGUGAACUGGGAGAAUUUCAUGCCUUUAUUGUCUCAGAUAUGCUUCAUCUCUCCAGAGUCUCGGGCAAGGAAAUCAUCUUGCUACGGAUACGAAACCCUUGGGGGAGGCGGUGUUGGAAAGGACACUGGAGGGAAGGUGGUCAAGGGUGGAGCCAAUUGGAUCCAGUAGUUGCUUCAGAAUUGCUUUCCCAGAUCCAGGAAGGAGAAUUCUGGGUUGAGGAAGAGGAGUUUUUCAAGGAGUUUGAUGAGAUUACCAUUGGAUUUCCAGUCACUGAAGAUGGACAGCUUCAGAGCCUCUAUACAGAGAAAGUGCUGAGUCAUACUCAGCAUCUCUGUGGAUCCUGGGUGAAAGGCCAGUCUGCAGGUGGUUGCCGUAACAACAACAGCUUCCCUGUUAACCCCAAGUUCUGGCUGAGGAUAUGUGAGCAGAGUGAGGUGUGCAUUGCUCUUCUGCAGAAACCCAGGAAGUACUGCGCUGAUUGGGCUGGAAGAACUCGGAAUCUGACCCGCUUAGCAGAGGAAGGUUCAUCUCUGACUGAAGGCAUUCAAGGGAAGAAUUACCAGGCUGUGGGACUGCAUAUCUGGAAGGUGGAGAAGAGGCGGUUUAACCUACCAAAGACCCUCUCUGCUCCUCCGGUUGUAGGUACCAUUUGUCAUUCUUAUGACAGAGAAGUACAUCUGCACUCUGACCUUGCCCCUGGUUAUUACCUUAUUGUCCCUAGCACCUUUCUGAAGGAUGCAGAGAGCGACUUUCUGCUUCGUGUAUUCUCAACGGGGAGAAUCUGCCUCAGUGAGAUAAAACCGCCACCCACUGAUGCUACCCUCUGUGAAGAGCUCCCACCAGGUGAAUGGGAGACUGUGCAGCUACAGGGAUGCUGGAAAAACGGCCAAAGUGCUGGAGGUAGCAGGAACUUCCACUCCUUCCAUACCAAUCCCUGCUUUCCCCUCUCCGUCCCUGCAGGAACAGAAGAGCACAGCAUGAAAGUCACCCUCCGUCAGCACUGUCAAGAUAGCAAGUGUCUUCCAAUAGGGUUUCAUAUCUUCCAGGUGCCUAACAGCAGUUGGAAACCACAUACUUGUUCUUUUCUGCACUUGGAGCCACUGGUUAGCUGUGUACCUCACUGCUACUCACAGGAAGUGAGCCAACUGUGCCGACUCUCUGCAGGGAAUUAUGUAAUUGUACCUUCAACGUACUUGCCUAAUACUGAAGGCAAUUUCACGGUGGUCAUAACAACCAAAAUAGACAGGAAACGCAUUCAGAGCCAGGAGACCCUUGGACAAAUAUUGCAAGAAGCAAGACAAAUACCAACCCGAUAAAACCUCCAAGAGGGAAAGAGGCCAAUUAUACACAGAACAAAAAGCAAACAAAAAAACACCCACACCAGGUAUCAGUUGGCUUACUAAUUUUCUUGCUCUAGGUUGUGGUGACCAGUGAUUAUACUUUGUCCUCAAAACCACACGAAAAACUGGACUUUUAUUUCCCAGAAAUUAGAGAUGGAAAUGUAUAUGUACAUUUCUAAUGGUGGCCAUUCCUUUGGAAUCUAGGAGCUGUAACACCUAAGUAAUAAUAGCAUUAUUUCCAUUUCUUGUUCAUUAUUCAUUUCUUUCUUACAUGUGGUUCUUGCCUGUCUCUAGGGCAAACGUUGAUAGGCCCAUCCUUCAGUAACAACAGCCUAUCUAGAGAGAUGAUUCUUACAUUAUUCCCUAAGGGUAGUAAGACUUGGGCCUACCCUGCUGUCCAGUGGUAGGGUAAAGUGACAGUGGCACUCCCCUGAGAAUACCCUGCUUCAAACUUCCUGAGUAUUUCAGUUUGGAGAUGACAGGCACAAUCUCCUCAUUGAUUGCAGCUAAGAUACAGAAAGAGGUGAUCUCUGAGUCUAAGAAGUCCUAGCUGGGUGAAGGUUAUAAAGACUAGAACCUCAAAGCAGUUCAGGUUUUUGAAGGGGAACCAGUGGAGAGCAUAGACCACUUUGGUGAUGUGGUUUUGUUAGUUUGCCUAACCUAAAAGUGGGCUGCUGUGUAUUUAAACAACUAUGUGCCUUUCCUGGUCUAUGCCAGGUGGAGUACACUGCAGUAGUUUAGCCUGAAGGAGAUGGAAAUAUGACUUACUGUACUGGGCCUACAUCUGAAAGAAAAAGGUGCAGUCUCCCUGUUAAUCCAAAUAUUAAAGCACUUUUGGUUACAGCUGCUGUUUGGUUGAGUAGGAAUGGUGACGAGUCCACGUAGGACUAUGAGACUAUGCAGUGCCUUCCUGUUUCCUACCAGCCUCACCACUUGCUUUUCAUUCAGGUAGUUGUGUGUCUCAGGCACUGGGACAAGUGGACAAUGGCACUGAGAGAGAGAUGUAGAGCUAGUGCCAGUGGUAUACUGUAUUGUAUAUUCCUAGGGUUCUGUUCAGUCUAGUUCCAAAGUACUGAAGUUAUGGGAUUUGCAUCACUUCCUUGAGACUAUUUAAGUGUAUCGGGAAGAGAAUGUGUAAUGAUACAUGGCCUUAAUUCCUGAAUUUUCCUUUUCUCUGUCUAGCUAAGGCAUAUCUGCCAAUCUUUUCCCCCCUGAGACUCUUAACAUGUUACAAACUACAGGUUUUAACCUAUGAAAUAGCUUCAAUUCAGCCUCUUUUUUGCAGGUCUCCUUUACAGCUGUGAUGAAAAGGUAAUUUGAAUUCUCACAUCAACAUCAUAACAAUAGAGAGACUAGAAAAGCCUGACCUUUGGCUAUUUUCAAUUUGAAAUGAAGUAACCAGAAAAUACCCUGAGCCCGGUGGUUUUCCAUUCAGACUGACUUCCAGCCUGGUGACGUCCUCUCUGAAAAGAUACCUCCUUGACCACAUGCAUCCUAAUGAGCAUUCGUCCCCUCCAUAUGUUUUACUACCAGCGACAUACAACUGGACUUAAUGCUAUACCUCAGUUCUUCAAAAAUACGGACAAAAGAUAUGUGCACAUGUUUUAACUCAAGCUGCAGUUUUAAAAUUAAAGCAGGAAAAAAAUGUGAUCUAUGUGUACAUCAUGAAAGAACAUUUGGUGAAGAAUAUCCAAGUUUACAAAACAACCUCAGGAGACCAGGGGAGGAUAGGAGGAGUGUAGGGGAAAGAAACUGGAGUUUCUUUUUCAGGAAGGAAAGACUAGGAUCCAACAAAGUACACUGGAAGAGGGAUAGACCAGAUCUAUAUCGAUCACUGCCAGUCUUAUUACAGAGCACUUUAUCAUGGCCCUGCUACAAUGAAUGUUUGUCAUGAAACUGUAAGUUUGGAAAGGAUGAGUUUAGAUGAGUUUGUCUUACACCAUGUGAACACCUGGAAAGAAAGGAAGAAAUGACUUUUGCAAAGCUGUUGGUUUGAAACGCCAUAUAAGACAGUAUUUUUGUUACUAGUAACCAGAAUGUUGUUUUCUUAAUUCCUGUUAAAAUAUUUCUUACUCAAGUGUGGUUUUUUUAGAUAUUGUAUUUUCUUUAAUAAAUAUACGGUGAUGUUAA